GAAUAAAAAAAAAAAAUUAAUGGAAGUCGUAAAAUUGUAGAUUUUUUAUUAAUACGGAGUGUUGAACUUCCUUCUUGAAUGCGUAGCAAACUUGCAACGCACCAUACACAAGCAGUCUUCACUCUGAGAGGCAAUGAACUCACGGCAAUGGCUGGUGGUUCAAAGAAACGGAGGCGAGUUGAGAAGAAAAGGGGGAAAAGGAAACACGAAAAAGAAGGGAUUACUCCUUUGAAUGUGAAGUAUUGGCUUCAAAGAUACAAACUUUUCUCCAAAUAUGAUGAGGGUAUUAGAAUGGACGAGGAAGGAUGGUAUUCUGUUACUCCUGAAGAGAUUGCAAUUGGGCAUGCGCAUAAGUUUGGUGGGGGACUUGUCAUUGACUGCUUUUCGGGUGUGGGCGGCAAUGCCAUCCAAUUUGCUAGAUUGUGCCAAUUUGUUGUUGCUAUAGACAUUGACCCUCAAAAAGUUGUAAUGGCUUUCAACAAUGCAAGUAUAUAUGGAGUGGAAGAUUAUAUUGAUUUUAUUAUUAAAGGCUUUUUCCAACUUGCUCCAUACUUGAAGGGGGAUGUAGUAUUCGUUUCACCACCAUGGGGGGGUCCAUCAUAUAAAACAAUCCAGAAUUUCACCAUGGAUUUACUGAAGCCAAAAGAUGGAUACUCAUUAUUUCAGGCUGCUCAGAGGAUAACGCCUAAUGUCAUUAUGUUUUUACCUCGGAAUGUUAACCUAAACGAAGUUGAGGAACUUUCAUGGUUGUCUUCUCAUCCUUUGAUGCUUGAGAUAGAAGAAAACUACUUGGAAGGCUAUUUCAAGGGAAUAACUGUUUACUUUGGCACUUCUGCACACAGAAAUUAAGGGUAUUUCAUGCUAGCCUGAUGAUUGUUUGUUAAUGCUGAAGGCAUGAAUAACUAUUUUUUCCUCUAAAAAAAUUUCUACUCAUACAUUUAAAAGAUAAGCCAAGCAAGGAAAUAUACUCAAUGCUUCACUGAUUGUGAAUAUGCUGCUAAGAUAAAUUUAUCUUGAGUGGUGAAAGUUUCAGGAUAGUUGAACUGGAAUUAGGAAAUGACUUUAUGCUAGCUUUUUAGGAAUACAAUUAAAUAAUUCAU